GAGAGCGGCGGGGAGGCGAUGGACUACUCGGUGCACGAGGCCUGGAACGAGGCCACCAACGUCUACCUGCUGGCGGUGCUGGCCAGCCUGGCCCUCCUCGUCUACGCCCGGCGAAAUAAAAGGAAGAUCAUGAGAAUUUUUACACUACCUCCAACUGUAGAGAUACCACCUGAGCCAAACUUUUAUGAUAGUGUGAAAAAAAUUCGACUUCGACAGCAGUUAGAGAUGUACUCUAUUGCAAGAAAGUAUGACCAGCAGCCGCAGAAACAGACUGACAGUGUACAACUUUUAGUGGAGUGA